AUGCCGCCUUUAGACUGGGGAAGAAUUAUGGGUGCCAAUCUAGAGGAGCUUAUAGAAGACCUGGAUGCAGCCGAUGAGAUGUACGGCGUCUUGGAGAUGGUAAACUAAACAGAUUUCCAUCUUUACCACCUAUUUCAUACCAAGGUUACGCACUUUAGGAAAAUGUUAAAUCUAUAUUGGUUUUCUACGCUUUAAGGGCUCAGUUAAUCCAGACUCGACAGAAGCUGAAGAUGUAAACAAGAUGAUAAAACUUUUUGAGGUUACUAAGACUGUUAUGAAGGUAAAUUUUAAAAUUUAAUUUCUCUGGUUUGCUUGUCCUUUUUAUUAUUACAAACAUGUUUUUAGGAUCAUAUAGUCAGGGAGAACUGUAGCUAGAGGUAACUCUAGAGUCAGUGCAAGAGGCAGGAUUAGUAAAUCUUGGUUGGGUACAGGAGUGUCAAACAUAUAAAUUGUCUCUACAGUAUCAUUUGAUAGGCACAGGUAUUUUUUUUAUAUUUUAGAAUGAAGAAAUUAACUUUUAAAGAAUGUAGUGGUUUUAACACCAUAAAUAAAACAAAAAGAAACAAAACAAAGGGUCAAACAAAUUUUUAUCAUACAUAGAUGGAAAAUGUAGGGCUGAUAAUAAAAUGAAUGAGAAGCCAGAUGGUAGAAAUGAAGGAAUAAUAAUCUUCAUUCUUACAUAUAUCAACGUAGGUUAAAUCAUUGCAAGCAGAGCUGGCUGAAGAAAUUGUAAAAGCUGGAGGUGGAGAUCAAGGUUAGUAUGAUACUAUUAGCUCAAUAGAUUUGAGGGAAGUUGUUCAGUAAAUUUUCUCAUGGCUAACAGUUAUUGAUUUUUUUUAUUGUCAGCCGCUUUGGAUGGUCUGCUAACAGUAUUGCAUGCAAUUAUUGGAUUAAAGCAUUUCAGGGUUCAUCCCUAGAGUGUAACAAGAUUUUUUUAUGCUUGAUGUCUGCUAAUUGACCCUGUUAGUAGAAUCAGCAGUAUCAGAUAGAAGACAGUUAUAAACUAACACAAUGGAGAUAAGCAUGGUUAAUCUAGAACUGUUUGGAGCUAAUUAAAGUUACCAAUUGAAAAUACAUGACUUGGUGUAAUUUCUAAAAUCUCUCUCUUAUAUUAGUAAACAAUAUUUACCUUUACACAGCUUGAGUAUGUGAUCAUAGACAGGGCCUCCACUAUUGAACAACUUAAAAUAAUUCUCCCCUAAUAGAGCAAGAGUUAUUGGAAGAAAUUGAACAUUUAAAGAGAGAGAUCCAACAAUACAGGGUAAGGUUCUUUUCAAAAGAUUUAAUCUUUCUUUUCAUCUUGAAAAAUGAUUUUGUUUGGUGUCAUGAUAGUGGUUCGUUAUGCAAUCAGAAGGGCUAUCUCUCUGCUGAAUUCAAACAUGAUGUCAUCUAAAAGCAAACUGAUAAAGGCUGUGUCCACAUUGCUUGUAUGAUUAUAUGUACAUGUAGAUUUAGUGAAUUAGUUGAUACUGUAUUGUAAAUGACAUCCUAAUUUCAUCAAGAAAUCUCUUGUAAACUUUGUUUGCUUGAUAGAAAUAUGAUGGUGUUGGUGGAGAUGAAUUUAUCAGAGAAAUUCAGCAGAUUGAAAACAGCAAAAGGGUAAUAAUAUAUACAGUCACUAAGAAUAAUUUUAACAAGAAUUAAUAAUUGGUGUGAUGAGAAAUGAACAUGUACCUUUAUCAAACCCUCAUGUGCUUGUGGAUUAGAAACUUCAACAUUCACACACUUUUGAAGUUUGUGUUAGUCAAACUUCAAUCCCCUGAACUUAAGUUGGUAAUUUCUAGUUUGUACAAAUGGACAAUCCUGUAUUGUAAUUGAAUGAUCAAAUGCACUUAGUUCUGGCAGAAGUUACUGAUAACAAUUUUUUUCCAUCUACUUCAUACAUAGUCUUCAAAAUUCCCAACCACAAUUAUAAUAGCUACUGAGGCCACAUUUUCCAUCAUCAGAGAUGUCAUCAAAGAAAACAAAUGUCCAUCCACAUGCACAGGGAGGAUGUUGGAUGUCAUUAUUGAGAAGAUAUACCUUACAUGUGCAAUUAAGGUCAAAAUAAAAAAAACCCUCUGACUUCUUUAUACUAACUUGCCUUGGAUUUAAUAAUAUCCUGUCAUUACAUGCAGGCUUUGGAACAGGAACUCAAUGAAAAAGCGGAAGCCUACUUCCAAGAGAAAAACAAAAGUGAUCAAGUAAGCAAAUUUAUUAGAUUUAUGUUGUAUAAGUAAUUCACUGAAUUAGUUUUAGUCACAUCCUAAACAGCUGAACUUGCACCUCUAGAGUAAUGUGGGAAUUGAAGGGUUCUAAUGAUGUUUUUUCCUUCUUGUAUUUCUCUCCUUUUUGUGCUCUGUUUAGAUGGCUGCUAGGCUCGAUGAAGCUGAAAGAGAAAACAAGAGCUUAAAAAGAGAUGUGAGAAUGUUUAUGUUAAGCUUAUGCUCUGAACUGUAACAUUCAAGACAUUGUAUUUAACCACCCAAGCCAACUCUGCUAUCUGUGGUAGAUGUUAUUGGUAAAGUACAGUCUGCAAUCAGUGUACAAAAUGUUUAGUUCCUGCAUUCAGCCCAACUUAACUGUCAGCAGCACUGACAGAGAAUCUAAAAUUAUAAUUUCCUAUGGAUAUCAAUGCAUAGAGGCUGUUGAUGUUUAAUUUGCUCACUUAGGUUUGCAAGUUUUGAUAAUUGUGAUAUACUUAUUUGCAACUGCAUUUGAUUACAAAACAUGUUCCCAGUUUUUGCUUUUGAGUGUAAGGGUUUUCCUAUCAUUAAGCAUACAGUCAGCAAGUGCAGUGGGAAUGACUUGCUUCAGAAUUAUAUUUUUUAACAUACAUUAUUUAUUACCUAUGUGAUGUUCAUAGCUAGGCUGGCAAAUUAUCUUGCUCCAAGUUUGAGCUGUAAACCCAUUCAAAUUGGUAAGAAUUUUUACUACAGUAAAUACUUAAAUAAAGUUGAGAAUGAUGCAAGUGAAAUGUUGUGCCUAUAAUUAAUUGUUUCAGAUGGAACGGAACAAGAUGGACCUAAGAGAUUUACAAAGACAAUUUGAACAGCAGGUACAAUCAAAAGCAAACCUUUACCUUUUAUAUGGUGGCCAUGAGAAUCAAUGUAGAAACUAAUGUUAUGUUAAUCACAUUAAGAUUUUAAAACCAGUGACAUUGAUUUUUAAACAAUUCAAUAGUCCUAAAUUUUCAUUUUAUAUAAAAUAAAUGAAUGUGGCUAAGCUUAUUAAUAGAUUGUUUUAAUAGCAGUCAAGCUAUUUGCUGUAUUGCAAUUUUCAGGACAGUAUACCUCAGCAGAUAAGUCAAGACUCAUAUGAAUAUAUGUUAAUGCAUGUAUAUUGGUUUCUAUCAAGUGCUUCUUGGUGAGUUACUAGGUCAGAACAUGUCUAACAAUAUUGUGUAUUGGGAGAAAAAAGAGCAUAGCCUAAACCUUUGGAAUCAAAGGGAUGUCCAAAAACAGGUGUAUUCAAAACUUUGUAUCUCUUACCUCUAGAGAGAAAGUACGACAAUGCGCAGAGCAGAAGGUUCUGACUUUAAAGAGAAGAUCUCCAAGAAAAACAAGGAAUUGUCUGAGUAUCUGGAUGAAAUAAGGGUAAACUACCAACUUGACCUUAGUUCAGUCUGUGUGAAGAACAACAGCCUUAUUUGAUAAUCAUUUGAAAACCAUUUUAGUAGGUUCUUUAGUUUUAUCAUUCAUUUUCAGAAGUGAUAAACUCAUUCCAAGUGUCAUCCUGUUACAUACUUUCAGAUGCUCCGAUUGUUAUUUUUGUCUACACAGCUUAUAUCAUACAUUGAAACAAAAUGUUUUUAUUCUUUCUUGCAUAGAUUCUUCAAGAGGCUAAUGAUGAUUUAGAAGAACGCAUGAAAAACACUGAGAAAGAACUUCAAGAGGCAACUGCGGAGAUGGACAAGAUGACAGAUGAAUACACCAAACUUAAGGUUGGCUUAUGAUUUUAAUGCAACAUUUAUUUACUAAAUUGUAUGCAUCUAUUUUGAGUGAUUUCUUGAUGUGUAUGAAAUGGUGUAUAAUUGCGUUACUUUUGUAAGGAAGAACUGUAUACAAACCGGUAUGUUUCUGAAAAAUUUUACAGAUUAUUCUGCAGCAGUCAGACAUGAUCAUAGAUGACAUGAGGAAAGAAAGGGAUGCCCUCAGAGCACAGGUUAUCAUUAUCAUUAUCAUAUGAAUUGUACUUUUUUCAUACGGCAUAGUAAGAUAACAACCAUAAACUCAUGGUAAAAUGUAAAAAUAAAUUCAUUUAUUGGUAUUGAAUAAUUUUUGUUGUGACAGAGCUGCUGAAUUUUUUACAAAUUUCUCUCCAAUACAACAAGAUUUAUGCUCACUAUCCCCUUUGUGCAAUCUUCCAAUUUUUUAAGAGUCAGUAAGGGCUGUGACUGCUUAUUCCUUCCAUCUUUUUUGUCACUUCAUCUCUUGUCUACUGGUUUUCCCCCUCUCCCUCCCUCCAAGGUUUCUUCAAAAUUAAAUUUUACAACACUGAUUUUUUUAUAUGCAACUAAUAGUCAUAAGCUCUCCUUUUGAGCAUAACAGAAGAGAAAUGGGCUAAAACUUUGGUCACAAGUUAACAUCAAAGAUUGAUGUGACUGGACUUGAAUUUAUGUAGCUGCAACCAAUAGAAUUUUUUUAUCAACAAAAGGAGUCAAGUGACCCAACCAGGUCUUAAAAGUGCCCCAAAUAAUGCUUCUCUCAAAGGCUACAGAGAUUGAUGGAAUGGAUACCCAAAGCAUUUAUUUGUUUUUUUUAAUUAUUGAUCAUGUAAUGGAAGUCUUUGCUGUGUUCAUCAAAUGAAUCAAUGAAGUUUAUUUUGAGCCCCUUGUUUAAUGACAAUAGAGGCAAUAAUUUGUAAUCCAUAAUUAUUUAGACCCAUUUGUUGUCCCUAUAUUACUUAGGUUCAAGAUCUCAGGAUGCAGUUUUCAACCAAAACAGACACUGAUGAACAGAUUAUGGCAGCUGUGAACUAUAAAGUGGAAGAGUGGAAGGUGUAAAUGGGUGAUUCACACCCAGAAAAAUUUUAUUCAGUAACCUCUUAUGCUAUUAGUGCUUACAGUUGGGCUUUAAAGAUGGUGGUCUAUAGAGCUAAAAUUUUCAUUUUCCUUCAAAUAUCUUUGAUAGGCUGUGCUUGCAGCAAAAGAAAUUGAGCUAGAGCAGUACCAGUCAUUGGUCCAAGAACUGAAACAACAAGUUGCAGGGCUUCAAAUGGAUGCGGACAAAACAUCCUUGGCCAUGUUACAACAGGUAUAUCUAUAGCUUUACAUGUACUCCAUAGACUUGUGAAAUAUUGUUUAGUUUCUUUUUUUUACAUGUAUUUUUAAUAACAAAAACCUAGUUACAUGUUGCUUGUGUGAAAUUUUAUUCCUCCUUGAUAGGCUGUGGCUGAAAAAGAUGAACAGAUAGAAAAUCUUAAAAAGGAACUUGAAAAGGUACCAAAUUACAUGUAUGCAGUUUUCACUUUACUCCUGUUACAGUGUAUGUAACUCUUAAAUUAUCUGUGGGCUGUAAAGAUACAUUCCUAUUAAAGAACAUAUAAUGAUUGGUUAUGGCCAUACAUACCAUCAAACUCAGCUUGGAUACCAGAGGCAACUCACUUUUGUCUUCGACCUCUCGUGUGAAUUUGCUUUUAUGAAGUGAUAGCUUUGAGAGUCAGGCACCACAGAUUACAAGAUAAGACCUCUCUGGGGAUUAUUUCAAAGCUCAGCUUUGUGCAAACAAUCCUAAUGCCAGAAUGGUUAUUUAGUUUUCUGAGUAACAAGGGGUAGAGGGUUUAAAUGAUUGUACAUGACCAUGUCAAAUUUUGCUUACUUAUAGGCAUCAAGUGACAUGCAUGGUGUAGCUUCAUAUGUGGAAGAAGUCAAGGCCUUAACUGAAAAAGGUACAUUUUUGUGGUAAACUGUUUACAGGGUAAUUUAUCAGUGUUACCCUCUAAGAAAACAAUUACAUAGAAUUAAUACAAAGUUUGUACUAUAAAUUUGUGGUUUUAUUUUUUAUUUUAUAUAGUUACAUGUUUACAUGAAAUGUGGGUAUUUAAAUUCUUGGUCUGGAUUGUAACUCAGAGUUACAUUUAACAGCACAUGCUUUUGGAUUACAACUCAAAGUACACUUAACCGGCACACCCUAACAUCAGUAUACAAGUUCUCCACUCUGUUCUCUAUACAUCCCCUGUCUCGACAUGAAUUAGAUUUAGGGGUGAAGUUGUAAAGAGAAAUUAGAUGUGAGUCACUCCCAGUGUUUGAAGGGUUAAGGCAUGUGCGUAUUUUGCACACUCUGUUUUUGACGCAAAUCAAUUUUUGAUUUGAAGAUGCUGUUUUUGACAGGUGUUCCAUCAGCAUAUCAGCAAAAAAGAAUCAGAGAUCUAAACAGCACGCUACAAAAAGAACAGUUGGAAGUUUUGCAGUUUAAAGACAGGAUGAUCAUGGUAAUAAUUCAAAAGGGUUUGCUUCAAGAAACUGCUUUUAGUUAGUUUUGCUUUAGUUUGGAUAAAGCGAAACAACAACAAAUCUUUUCUUAGUAAUAACAUAUGUACUAGACUGUCAUGACUUUGGAUCAGGUUUGUUAUAAUCAUACAGGCCCUUAAGUCCACCAAACUGCACAUGCCCUACAUACAUGUAUACGCCCUUGAGUAAAAAGAAAAACCAUGGUGUUUAUCUUGAAAUUAGACAUGCAUGCAAGAGUCAGCUUAUCUAUCAGAUCCCAGCCACAGACGUGAUAAGUAAUCAGCUCUCUAUAAGAUGACCAUUGCACCUUGAAUGAAUUCGAAAACUGAUCUAAUCAACCAGUUUUGUAAUUAUACCAAGUAUAUUCUUUGACCGCAAAAUCUGUUUAUUUAUUUAUUUAUUUUUUUUUUGCAUUGUUAAAAUUAUUUUUAAUUAGGUCCAAGUGCAACACACAGUAUUAUAAUUUAUUUAUGUUUGUCCCUCCUAAACAGGCAGAAAAGGCUGCAGCUAUGAAAGACAAGCAGUUGAAUGACUUACUGGCUCGAAUGAUGCAAUAUGAGAGGGUAAGGAGUUAUUCUCCCAUAAUUGAAGUUAACUGAAUAUUACGAUAUCAUUUAUUAGUAUAAAUUAUACUAUACAAUUGAAUGGUGCUUUUCGCGCGCGCUGAUUAGCAAGAAGCCGGUGAGAAAAAAUCGCGUGUCAAGAGUUUAAUAUCUGACCAGUUUUUUGUAUAUUGUAAGAAAUAACCAGUUUUUUCGUAUUUGUGUGGUACAGUUUCUAAGAAACAAUUAUUCACCUCAGUGCCGUCGGGAGUGGUGGAUGUUUACCUCGCCGCUUCGCGGCUCGGUAAAUAUCCAUAAUUAUUCACCUCCAACUCAGUGGAUAAUUAUUAAUUAUUACCUGAUUAAAAAAAAACUUAUUAAUUAGUCGUACACGUUCAGUAGUCUUGAAGAUUGCAUCACAAUUGAUGUUACUAUUUCUUUACUGUAGGGGGAGUAUGGAUUGAGUGAAGCUGUGCAGGAAAUCAAGGACUGCAAGGCUCAGAUUCGUAUCAGAGACCAGUAAGAUACAGAAAUAAAAAGCAAUAUUUACAAAUGUAUCUAGUUUUUUUUGGAAAACUUCUUUUUUCGGAGGCUGCUAAUGUUGCUUUGACCCCAACCCCCCUCUGUAAUGACCCCCUAACCCCACUUAAUGAUAAACGCCUAAGUCCCCCUUUUAAUAUCCCCCUAGCCCCCCCCUCCCCCCUCUCUAACGAUAACGUCAAUGCCGCGCUUGCCUGUGCCUUUGCUCUUAUCAUAGUUGGAUGUCAUCUCUAAUCUGUUGCCGAACUGAUGCACGGCAACAUGUAUCCGGGAAGUAAGGAAGCACAAAAUUCUGUGUAACGAUAAUUUUACAGUGUAUUCCUAGCCUUUUUGGUUAGUUCUUCAUUUAACUCUUUUUCCCUUCAGAAACAUUGAAGACCUGACCAGUCAAGUAAACAACUUGGAGAUCAAAGUAAAUGACAGCGAAAUGGAAAACGAGGAAUUGCGAGAGCGGCUUGGAAUGGAUCCUAAGGAGUCGCUCAACAUUGAAGAUGUACGGCACAAAAAGAAAGUUAAAGCAGAACAGGCAGUGGCUCUGAACAGGGCAUUGACUAAAGAGGUAAUUUACUUUUUACACUUCGAGGAAAAUUUAAGAUAACGAAUAUGUAUUUAUUGAAUGUUUUUUAUUGUUCUAUGCACUUUGGGGAACCUCUUUUAAAUGGUAAUGAUUUGUUUUGAGUUUUUCUUUUCUUCAUUUUUGAAGGUGGAAAGGUUAGAGGAAGAAAGGCUUCAGCUUAAGCGUCAGCUCCGAAAACAAGCACUGCACAGAGGUCAAAGGUAAAUGUGGGUUGUUUGUUUUUGUUGUUUUUUUUCGGUUAGCCAUAAUACUUCGUUAAUUGUCAAUUCAUGGAAAUGGAAGGGAGGGGCAUUCUAUACAUGUUGAACAUCCACCAACGUAGAACGUUUUCAAAUUGAAGAUUUAUGGGAAUUUGGUGUGCCUGUAAGUCAUUCACCGAUGAGCGACACGUAGUUCCAAUAACCGAUAACGCAUCGGUUUUGAAUUUUUGCAAUGCUUUUUCUCCCGGGCAGGGCUGUAGAGUUAGGAAUCACUGCAGAAGACUUGAUCGUGGCCGAAGAAGAGGAUGUAGUCUCUUCGCCUAGGAGACUACCUGUAGUGGAUUCUGAUAGUGACGUCACCAAGGCUAUGGUAAGUACCAGAAACGAACUGUCACGUGCUAGGUAUAAAGAAGUUCCCAAGGGGUUUCGAGAAUUUUUUUCACAAGCGGUUGCCGAGUCGUAAACAACCAUCUUUAGUACAUGGAACUGCGCUUCCUCGAGUAGAUGUACAUACAUCUGAGAUUUUUAAAUUUCGAUAGAGAAUAUUACACGUCUCAUUCUUGAAUUGAGUCUGAAAUGAAGACUUUACGGCCUGUGGUCCAUGACGUUUUUAAAUUAUUGUAGAUGACCUUUUUGUUUGAUUGUUUGUUUUUCAGAACCAGAGGCUGGAAGGAGAAGUAGAAAAGAAUGAAAAACAAAUUGAAAAGUACAAAUCUGAUAUGAAGAAGAUCGAGACUGAGAAUAAGGUACAGAGAAGUCAGUGGCCAAUUAUGAUAACAAUUUUUGUUGGGUAGAUCUGAAUAACCCUGAAUCUUCGAAUCACUGUUUCUCUCCCUUUCUUUCUUUUUCCCUUUCUAACAGGUUAAAAUUUUUUCGAACAAAAUAGAAGUGGGAUGUUAUAGGGAGAAGUUGCAUGUUAAUCACUUUUGGGACUUAGAAGGCCAAUCUGUACUUUUUUAGUCAUUUUAUUCCAUUCAGGUGAUUCGUGGUUUUUUAGUUGUAGUCAAACUGACAGACGACAUGUCUUUCAAGUUCUUGUUUAAUUUGAUAUUCAGUAUAAUAUUUUCCGGGGACGAAGCAAAAUAUAGUGACGUGUAGAUCCUGCAAGACUUAAGCAGGAGAAUAAUUGAACGGGUGAACUACACAGCACUUUAAAGUCCUUACCUGCCUAUAUUGAGUAUUUCGAUCCCUGUGCACAGGAACUUAAAGAUGAGAAUAAGCAGUUGGAAGUUGGGAUGCGGGAGAUUUUAGCACAGCUGAGAGAACAUGCCGCUGCACAAGGUUCGUUUUGUGGGUUUGCCAGAUAUUUUAAUUAAAAGUAAAAGCAAAAUUUGUCUUAGUACCUUCCUAAAACCAUUUGUUGACGAAGUAUUUCCUCGUCUUUCUAUUGUUCGGAUGCUUAUAGUCCCUCCCUAUGGAGUGUUUUGUAACAAGAGAUCGAUUUGUCAUGAUUUACACAUGAAGCUUUUGAAAGAAAAGAAAAAGCUUGAUGACUUGAUUUUUUUUCUCGUUUUAGGAGCAGAGGAAAAUAAAUUAGUACAAGUACCAGCCUUAGAAAAGCUUAUGGCUGUAAGUUACGCUUCCAUCGUUCAUUAGUUGAAUUUGUUUGAUAUACGGUUUAUCUUUUUUGUUGCCUUUCGGAAACUGAACUGUAAAUCUCCAUUCUAAUUUUUUUGUUUUCCAUAAAGAUGAUAGAAUCUAGAAAUGCAGUGGGUCAAUAUGACACAACACUACAAUUGAAAGCACAGGUAAGCUCUCUUUUCUGUUCGUCUUUAGUGAACACGUAUGUAAUAUCAUUUAAGCUGUAAGUUCUUCUUUUGGAUUUAGAUCGAACAACUAAGUGGGAGGAAUGAAGAACUCCGACACGAACUGCAUAAUGCCCGAGAAGAAACAGCUAAAGCCAUUAUGCAGUUGGAGAGGAAAAAGACCAAGGUAGUAAACGGUGUUCUAAGAAAUCUAUUGUUUUAAGAUUUGAACUGCUCAAUAUGUUUUGGAGAUAAAUGCACAGUCAUUACCUAAAGUCCCAUAGACGCCCUCAAAACAUCCACAUGACGGCUCUAACUCCUUUCUUUGUUAAACGUUUCUGUAUGUCACGUGUGAGUGGUGUAAGUUUCCCUCCUCACCCAAACGAGGGUGAUAGCGAAUACAAGGUCAAAGAGUAUAAAGUGGACAUUGAAAAAGGGGGACCUGGGCAUAAAAACACCACUUAGCUAAAAUGAUGCUGAAAUCGAGUGUGUCUUUGAUUGCAAAUUUUUGGUUAUGAUUCAUAUAUUCAUUUAUUUUUUAUUCUUUUCAUUGUUUUCUUUUCUUUUUUUUCCACAACAAAAGAUCGAGGAUCUUGAAAAAGAUAUUAAAGUGUUGAAAGAGAUAGGUAAGUUCUUCGUUUAAAGAAGCUUUAAGUUAAAUUAAGGACAGAUUGUCUGUUAUUACUAUAAUUUACUUUGAUAUGUUUGCAACUUAAGGUGAAGGCGCCGUCAAGUUACAACCCAUGCCUUUGCCGCAGGGAAUGACACCGUCUUCAACAGAGAUCAUCGCCAGUCUUAACGAGCAUCUUAUACAAGUACUUCAGGUGACAAAUAGAACUUUAAAUACUUUUAUUCAACAGCUUUCAUGAACCUGCGUUCAUAUUUUUUAUUUAUUUGGGCUUUCAUGAACCUGAGUUAUUGUUUAUUUAUUUAUUUGUCUAUUAUGUUUGCUUCUUGGCAGUUUACAUGCAACAUAAUCACAAUGUUUUCUUAAUUUAUUUUCUAAAGGAAGUCUCCCUGAAAGAGCAACUACUAGAGAAAAUGGAGAAGGAUCUUGAGAUGUUCAAGAGGAAAUUCUCGGUCAUUCUUCACCAAAAGGUUGGUUAACUCCCCCUCUGGUUUUCCCAGCCUGAAUGGUCAGUCCAUCAACCCUAACUCCUAAAUGCUAAGGAAGGGGUGAUGGGGGAGGGAGGGCUGGGCUUGGUUGACUGACAUCUCGAAAAAAACUAUUCUGGAAAGAAUAUUACGGGUCUGAUAAUCUUAGGAGAAGGUAUUAGGCGUUUUGCACCUCGAUGAAAAGGAAAAACAAGAAAGCAAGCCACAGACUACGAACAGUACCUCAUUUUCGGCAAAAUAUCUUCGCGAGGGGAAAAACAUCACUGAUAAAAAAAAUUGAUCUAGCGGGCGAUGCGUAACUCGGGGAGUGAGGCGCACGAAAACUCACUCCCAGAGUUCCGCGCAAGUAAAAUAAACAAAUCAACAAUGUGACUUUUUUAUUUCAUACAAUCUGAGCUGUUUUUAUACUUCACCUUUUUUCUGUUUUGUUUCAUAGGGGCUUCUUUAUGCUGAUUUUAUGAAAGAAAGAGAGAAAUGGGAGGAGGAGAAGAAAGCGAUCGAAGAAGAUAAGGCCUCGACUGAACUUGCCAGAGAACACGAUAAAAUCAGGCUCAUGGAAUUCGAGGUACUAUUUCUGCUAAAUUCUGCUAUUCUUCCCUACGUAGAAGAUAAAAAAGUUCUUUUUAUAUUUAUAGAUAUACCAAAUGUAAGGAUUUAACCCCAAAUUCGACAUGUCGCUGAUUGCUUUGCAUUUGUCAUAUUCAAUGAACAAGGAAGCUUAUAAUCUAUUGAAUAUUUUUGCCCGCGCGCGAUUGGUCUAAACGCAUGACGUGACUGAGCAUCCCCUAGCUAAAACUGAGGGAUAUCCGAGGAUACACCCCAAACGAUAAUCCCCAGUUUUCAAUCGUUACGUCCGAAAACUCUGCGCCUAAAAUUUAAUUCAAGAUGAGAAAGCGUUGUAUUGUUGUUACUGAAGAAGGAACGUGUUUUUUUGUUCAUUUAAUCGAGCCAGGCAACAUUGAAAAGAACACAGUUAGGUGUUUAUAAACAUUUUUCCCGCGUGUUGAUAAUAACACAGUGGCCUCUUUUUGGUGCGAGAUUAUGCUCAUUUUUCCCGUGCGUUGAUAAUAACACAAUGGCCUCCUUUUGGUGCGAGAUUAUGCUCGUUUAUUACCCAUCUAUUAGAUUUUGCGCGAUUCCAUCGGCUCCUUUACGUCACGUGGUGCAAAAUUACCGGGCAGUUAUUACGCAGUAACCCGCGUUUGCGUCGUUAUUUGUCCAGCGAAUAUUUCCGUCGUAAAGAAACAAAGCCAGCGGAAAAAGCCAGUUCAAAAGUUGCACUGUUUCAUCGUUUUUAGUUUACAAUAAAGAAAAACGAACUCGAUUUGUAGUUUCUAGUGAUAGUAACAUUCUUAAAUCUAUUCUUAAAUUUAAAUACUGCACCGGAAAGUACAAAAAAGUCAAUAAAAUAAGCUGUCAACUCGCUGAUACUAAAAUUAAUGGGGUUUUAAAACAAAUGAACACCCUUCUGGCGGCGGGCAUGUCGGCUGAUAUGUCCUUGGUUGAAAGGUUGUCUUAAAAUUUUCUCCUUUUUCCCUCGAAACUUCGCUUCUCGGCCUUAUAUUCAUUUUAUUUUUUCGGAAAAUAUCUUGGCCGCGGACAUUAUUAGCCGACAUAUCAGCCGCCAGAAGGGGUUUAUUUUCUAAAUAUUUGUCCUUGGAAUUGAUCUGUUCCUCGAAGCUCACAGUUCGCUCGAACUGUUCGCAUCCCGUAAAAGAUCAUGUCCGGAGACAGAUAUCCAUUCAUAUUUUCGCGCUUAAUGGGGGCUGCUGCUUAGAUAUAUAAAACAAAGAAAAUCCGUGGGACGCGUAAGACGAAGUAUCAUGAUUCCAGGCGUUUUGAGCCCCGCUACUCGAUGGUGUUCGUAGCCAGAUGGUUUUCACCACAACGUACAAAUUAAUAUAUUCAGAAUUGCGCGCGCUACUUGAAGGUAUCUGAAAUCAAACCUGAGAUUGCAGGUUUGACUGAUGGGUAAAGCGGCUGGAAGCAGGCCCCUAUCCACUGGGAAUAGGGGCUUGGUAAGUCACCAGGAAACCGGGUCAGAUUAGGUGAUGUGGGUGCUGAGUCGAGUUCCUUGAUUCGUUCAAAUGACAUUCUUGGUUGAAGACAUACAUUUUUUGCAGUUUUUGUUUUCAUUUCUUUAAUUUAUUGUGUGUAUUUAUGGAGAAGUUCGAUAUUUUGGACUUUCCUUUCCGCAGAGAUUACUCGAUACCCUGGAAAAAGACGAGGACAAGCAGAAAAAGAGACUUGGAGAAAUGACAAGAAAGGUUACAGUUUUGAGAGUGAACGAGAAGUCGCUCAGCAGGAGAUACACGGCCAUGCAAGAGGUGGAAGCUGCGCUCAGGAAAGAAAACAAGAGAUACAAAAAUGAUGUUGUUGCCAUGGAGACCGCAAUUACCGAGAGACUGGGUUACCUUCAAAGACACAAAGUACGAAAUGCUCAGGGUUUUUUUCCUUUUUGUCUUUAACCUUCAUCCUCCUCAAUUUUCAACACUAUAUUUUGUUCGUUGGUUAUAGUAGAAGAAUUUAGAGUGGCGUGGCAUGUAGUCUUAGUAUUUUUAAUCACUUUCAUACUUUGUUGAACUCACUUAUAUUUAAGGAAAUGUCCACGUACAAGAUUGGAGUAUUACAGCAAGCUUUAGAUGAGAGUGUUCUUGCAACAGAACUAGAGGCAGCGAACAAACAGUAUAACGAACUUACGGCCAAGUAUCGCGACGUUAUACAAAGGGAAAACAGCCUCGUGGCACGAUCAGCCAUAGUCGACAAUCUAGAGGUAUGAAGUGCUUCUAGCAAUUUAUUAAGCGUUAAGCCUGCUUUCCUUGUCUAGCCAGUUCCUUUCGAUUUUGUCAUAGCUUUGAUCUAUCAGAGUAAUGAAGUAAUUGUGUCCGUGUGGUUAUUACUAAUGAUGCGUGGUUAAAUUUAUCAGUUUCUCCUCUUAGUGUGGUUGGCUACUCCACAAUAAGCUGCGUUUUAAAAUUGAUACAUAUACCUCUUGCUUGCGAAACUUCCGUUCUCGCUGAAAACAAAAGACCCAUACUGUAGUGGACAUUGUAUGGCUUGAUCUUGCCCAUCAGACCUACUUUUUUUAUGAUGUAGAAAGCUUCCUGAAUACUUUGUUUAUAUCACUGAAAGUUACUAAUGAUUUUUUUUCCUUCAGGCCGACUUGAAGGCUUUGGAAGAAAGAGAAGCUGAUCUGAAGAGGGAGAUGACCUCACUGAAGGAAAGAAACCACAGUUUAGAGCAGAUGGUGAAUGAACUGCUAUCGAAAGGUGACAAAGAUUUAGCGCUGUCGAUUUGUAGCUCCUAUCUUAACGAAAUCGUAGGGGUGAUAAAAACUCGCUCUUUCCAUAGUAAAAGAAAACAAUAACCUCUUUCCUCAAUUAGAUACGAAUCCUACUGAUACCUGCCGAAAAUCAUGUGUUUCAUUGGCCUUCUGUCAGUCACUGCGGCGUUUAAUGUUUCUCUUUGACUCCUAUGGUAGGUGAAACAAAUUUCACCUGAGAAAAAUGAAACAUUUUGCUUUUUCAGAGGGUGGAGAGGGUGGAGGAGACACCAGCAUUGUGCGGCAGGAAGAGAUAGACAGAAUAUCAAGAAAACUCGCCACGUUAGAAAUGAAGGUAUAUCGUGAUACAUACAGGCUGUGUUUGGUAACCCAGACUGUAUAUCUAUCCCUUUGUGUGGUGCACGAUAACUGAUGAAGCACCCAGAAAAGUGUAAAUCACGAUGUUGAUAUAUGAUUCAACUAAACCUUAACUUUACCAGGAACUGAAUGAGAGAGAGCGUGCCGACCAUGCCACGAGGAAAUAUGAACAAGUUCAGUCUCUUAUCAAGCAACUAGAGGAAAGGAAUGUAGAGUUGGAACAAAAAUUUGCAGAGGUCAGUGUGUACUGAAUUGUCUCAUUCCUAGACAUUUCAUAACGCCAUCUCGGAAUUUAAUAUCUGAUGACGACGAGUUCUCUCUUUUUUACAGAUCAGCAAGUUGAAUCUUGAAUCUCAGAGAGUUGAGCGGCAGCUUAGGGACGAAAUAUCCAGUAAUUAUUCACUUUAUGUCUUUCAUAAAGGUUAACUUUAGACAUGUAGACGUCUCUCUGAUUGUAGAAGUCACACAGCUUGUGACCUGGUGACUCAGUUCGUAGUUACGCCCAACUGCUAUCUAGGAGGUUCAAGGUCAACCCUCAUCGAAGUCUGAUGGCACCGCGGUUCCCAACAUAGACAAAAGUACAUUUGCGGGACUAAUGACGCCAUUACCCUUACAUUCCCCGUCACUAGACAGCAUUUUAAAUUAAGUGGUUGUAUUUUCGCUUAGACUCUGUCACACAGGAUACUCAUGUGGCUGUCACGCGUCGUGUCCAGUCUCUGGAGGAGUCCGAAUCUAAGCUAAAGGUGGAAGUGUCACGAUUGAAGGAGGUGGCGGAAGUGGCUUCGCAUCAAACCGAAGCCAUCAAAGCGCAGCAGGAGUCACAGGACAGAGAGCUGACAUCUCUCAGGAAGCAACUUUACGACAUGCAGAUGGAGAGUGAUGACAAGACCAUUAUAGGUAUAAAUAUUUGAUGUAAAUUUAAAACUAUUUUGGGAGUAACUAAAAUAUUAACUUUGCGACUUGGUUAGUAACAUGGAGGGUAACACGACAUGUCUUCUUUGAUCCAUGAAAGCAAUCAGCUGUACAUUUUGAAUGGGAAUUGUUAAUCUUUAACUACAGUAUUAGCGGAUAAGAAAGUAAAGCAGAGGAUUUAUUUGAUCCUAAAUUAAAAAUACGUCUUAAAAAAUUAUUGUUUUGGACGUUCUAUCAAUAUUAAAAGGAUAUGUUUGACGAUCUUCAGGUAAACUGCACCACCAUAUCGUGGCCCUUCAGGUGAGUGAAGGUACAGCCGUGAGGAAACUGGAAGCUGCUAUGCAGAAGCUGUCCAGACAGGAAGCUCAUGUGUUACGGCUCGAGCGGAAAAUCGAUGAAAAAGACCAGGCUUUGUAUCACGCUAAGACGGAGGCCAGGAACAAGGCAAAGUUCCUUAAGAGAACCAUUCAAGAUCUGCGGAGGCAGUACAGCGGAGCUCUGCCACUGAUGAAACAGGUAAUUAAGCACAUUUACGUCAAUAUAACAACACGCUGACCUACCCCGGAACGGAUAAAGAUCUGUUUUCGCCCACCUGUUUUUCUCUGAAACCAUUUGCGCUGUCUAGGCUUAUUAUUUUUUGACGCAUGUAAAAAAAGGGAUCUUGUCAGUUUGGAAAAUAGACAUUGAAAAUAUUGAAAAUGAUGAUGGGAACUGGUGCUCCUCCCUUUAACCAAGAUUAAUGUUCAAAGUAUUGAAAGAGGAGUUGAAACAUAUCUUACAGGUUGUCGUUUCUCGUCAGUUUAAAUGUACAAUUUGAACUGCUUAACCUCCACUCCAAUUUGCUCUCUGUUCAGGAAAAGUUUGCUGAGACUAUGCGUUCGUUACACGAAGACAAGCACAAGCUUGAAGGAGAGCUUAAGAAAGCUAGAACCGACAGAGAAGCAGCGGAAGACAAGCUUGCUGAGCUUAAGCUUCAACACGAUGGGUUACAGGAACUGAUGUGUACGUUAAAGGAUGGCAAAGGGGCAGCUAAAGUCACUGAAUGGCACGCAAAGAUGGGCGAAAUACGACUGCAGGACCUUAAACUGAACCGUGCUAUUACCAGACUGCAGGAAGAGGUAAUAGAAAUGGAAGCUUUGUUUGCAAUUUACGUUUGAUGACAUAUGUUUGCACAGUUUUGUAGUGUAGAACAGUAAAGCAUUUUUGAGUGUCAGCAAAGGAGUUAAUUACGAUGUUAGGUUUUCUAACCGGCAAACAGUGCUCGUUUUGGAAGUAGACUUUCAAAUAUAACGGAGACCUCUGGAUGCUAUUUCGUUGGGCGCUAUUAGGUUUGACGGUCGGUCACUCACAUACAAAAACUGUAGAGAACUGAGUUCUCCCUCAAAUCAGUCUUCCUUAGUUCAUUUCUAGAUUACAAUCAUGCGUUUUCUUGCUUUACUUCAGUUGAAACACCUGGAAAAUAUGACAAAAGUUCAGGAACGCACCAUCUCGGAUCUGGAGGAUGAAAAUGUCCAGCUUGCCAAAGAGCACGAAGAGAGGCAGUUGCUAUGGGAACAGAGGGAGGUGGAGCUUGAGCGCACGAUUGACAAGCUAGAAAAACAACAGGAACAACUAGCAGACGCAGCUGCUAAGUUUGAGGAGGCUACUGGCUCGAUACCAGACCCUGAUCUUCCAGUAGCAAAUCAGCUUGAAUUGGCGAUUAGAAAUAUAAAGGAGCACAUAAGGAUUAUUGUAGGAACGAGAGAGGAAAGCAGAGCUCUUAAAAAGGUAACAAUACUUAAAAAAAGGAACAGGAAACCAGAAAAUAAGGGAUUGUGGAGAGGGGAAUGCGCAAAACUGUGGAAAGCGUUAAGUAGAUCAGCCGAAUAUGGUGGUUUUUUUUGUUAUUGCUUUUGGAUACGUAUAUUCUGUUGGUAUAUAAAGCUGUCUAUUGCAUGUCUAUUUGUAUAUUGUUGUCACACGUCAAAUUGAAAAAAAACAAUGCUUAAUCGCAGAAAUACGAAGAGCUGGAUCAAGCUUUCAAGCAGUCAGAAGAAAGGCUCACCCAGAAAGAUAAGGUAGUUUGAUUAGUUAAUUCAGGAAUAAAAUAAGCUCAUGAACUAACUGUUUACGACUGAUUUCUUAUUAAAGUAUCAGCCCAAAGAUUACCAUUCAAUUUUGUGUACACGAAUUCAUUCAGAGAAAGAAAACCGGUCAAGUAUAUUGAAAAUAUGAAUUCGGUUUGAAUGGAACAGUUUUGUAACGUUUUAUCAUUGAUUCUUUUGUUUUGUUUGUUUGUUUGUUUUUUUUUCAAGAGGACAAUGAGUAGGGUACAAUCACUGCAACAAAUUACACCUCAUCUUCAUUUUAUAAUUUUUAAUGAAAUAAAUAUUACCGCGUCAGGCUUCUUUUCUGUAAUUGCUUUUAAAAUUUAAACUCACCUACAAGGAUCAUUGCUUUUCUUGAUUAUCAUGUGCAGGUCAAAUAAAAUUUAAUUCAGGAAAACUUAUGAUCAGAUUCCUCCUCGGGAAAGAAAAACCCUCUGAAAUGCGUCCUGUUCUCAACUUGUGGCUUCGCAGCUCAGUGGUUAGUUUCGUCCAACUAGUAUCCGGGAGGCACGUGUUCGAAUCUCAUCAAAGCCUGAAUUUUUUCACGCUUCUUGUCUGCAAUUAGUUAAAUUGUAGCUCACUUGCGAGAAUCAUUUCUUUACUUUCUUUUCAUUUUCUUGUAGCUGAUAAACGAGCUGCGCCUCCGUCUCCCUCUGUCAGAGCGCGGGGAGAUCACAGCAGAAGCCAAGAAAGCUGCUGGAUUAGUAGAGGAGGAUUAUGAAUCAAAACGGGCCUUGAAAGUGGCACAGGCAACUGUCUCCAGUCUGCAGGUACGUUCUUUUUAUUAAAAUUGUGUGUUGAUUCAGUCUCAGUAAAAUCAAAGUCAAGGUAGUCAAGACUUCCAAUCAGAUCAUGGGGAGUUAUGUCAAGGAGCCUAUGAGAACUCAGACCUUUUAAAUACCUGUAGUACUCAGGAAAACACGAGUGACCAAGUCGCGGUUGGUGUAAUUUCUAGAUCAGAUUGGAUAAGAAAGUCGCGCACGUUUAUCAACAUAGCAUAAACCGAAUCUACUGCGCACGUAGGCUUCUUAUCGAGGCAAAAUAACGCAUGCCGCUGGUCUAAGUAUUUAUUUAUUAGUUUGCCACACCACGAUAAAAAUUAAUAAGGACGCAUGAUAAUUUAAGUAAGAUAUAACGAUGUGUAUGGCGAGGAAACCUAAGUGAGACCACGAGGCUCAUACAACGUUUUGGUUCAAAGAGAAUUCUGUCUCAAAUGUUAAUUGUCACUGGUGCCAUCGUGCACACUUGUGUUGAACUCUUAACAAAUUCUCAAGGUGUUGCAAUCGUAACAAUUAAGGAUCAACUAAAUGAUUAGAGUAUCAUUUCACAGCGGUUUACUUCAUCUUCAUAUAUAACUGCUCUUUCUUUUUAAUUUCACAGCAAAUUCUGGCUCGUAAAGAAGAAUCGUUGGCUAAAUACCAGGAAAUGUUAAAAGAAGCACGAGAGGUAAGAUGACAAUAAAUGUGUGGUUAAAAAAUUAUUUCUUUCGGUUAUUACUCGGUGAAUGAUAUCGCCAUAGUCAGAGAGAGAAAGUCUUAGUGCAUCCAGCACGGGUGUUACCCAUGAUCCUCCGAGCACUUGUGUGCUUGCUCUGCCACUGAGGCUGUUGGGGCCUCAUCCUACUUAACAGGCGCUCAGCGGGAACGCGAAUAGUAUACGCAUGGCAUCCACACAUGCACCGGAGCCCAGUGGUUUCGAGACUUUUAAGCUUGGUUUUUGCAUAAAACAUCUCACAUCCACAUAAUCAAAAAAUAAAUGAUCUUGUUUAAUUGAGGAACUUUUGCUUGUUUGUUUGUUUGUUUGUUUGUUUGUUUGUUUAACAUACAGGAGGCCAAGACUCAAAACGAACAACACAAAGCAGAAAUUCAGCUCCUACAAGACAGGUUACAUCUGGAGACGGACGAGACAUUUAGAAGGAAGAAGACUUUCCACAUGGUCAGUUUUUAACAGAGUUAUUUGGAUUAUGGAAAGUUUGUCUUUAUAGUAAACGCGAGAUUUAGUAUCAAAGUUAUUACAUAUUAGUGCAUUGUGUUUACAGAAUAACAAAGUUAUAAGAUUGAAACUUUUUAAAAUGAUAAACUACAGAGCAGUACUGCACGAAAAUGGUAAAAACUUGAUUUAAUUACUUACGCGUUUUGUCUGACAAUAGCAGACUUCGUUUUAAUAAGUGGGGAAAAUAAGCUUACUUAUAUACCAUGGUAAAUACGAUGUCUAUUGCCGACCUUUAAACAUAAUGUGAAGGAAGCAGAAAGUAUCCGUAUUGUGUGACAAAGGUGUUAAAUAAGCGUGACAUUUUUCGGACGGUACAUGUAGUAAAUCUGUGACCUCCAAAUUGGCUUUUCGACAUCCCUAGUGGAAUUCAUCAUUACAGUGAAGCGAAGAGUUAUUUGUCUAUGGAAUGUUGUGGUCAAAUUAAUAAUUCUACCUUAAUGGUAUUAGCUCUAUAUUGAUUUUGAUUAGUAAAUUUCGAUCCGUCAGUAAAGUCAAUUAGUUCAGUUUGGUCACUAUGUAGUGUCAAUGACAUGGAUAAGUCGCUGUUGGAGCACUGGUUACUGUUUACAUCUGUUCAGAUAAGUCUUUUCUAAGUUACUCCUUCAGUUACUUCACCGUAGAGCUUUGAUAACUCAGUUUCCACCCUCAACAGUGUUAACACUACACAUAGACUGUUGGAACUACCCCUCGUCCUCAACUGACGAAUUCACCAUUCUUAUACCUCUUCUUCUCAUUUCUUCCUUUUUCUCCCAGGAUUCCGUGAAUGACGAUGGUCCUCCAGUUCCUUCUCACAAACAGGUUUGUGUGGUUACCGUCUGCUAAUGGUAUUUAUCUUCAUCAAAUUAAAUAAAAAGUCUAGCGGCCGAUGGGAGUUGGAAUCAACACCGAACCAAUGAUGUAAACUCUGACAUUAGACAGACAAUCUCAGAUGUUUUUGCUUUCGACGAAACGGAUGCGACGUGAUUUUUAACAGCACGGAUUAUCUCCAUACGUUACAAAUUUAUACUUAUUACAUUAUAUAUUUCAUUAAUAGCUGGCACGUUUGUCAGAGUUGGAGGAAAUGGUGACAGAACAGGACAAUGCCUUGGCCGUGGCGGCAGAGAAGUACAAGAAAUCACGAAAUGAGAUCAGCAAAAUGAAAAAGGAUCAUGAAGAGGAAGUAAACAGUCUCAAACAGCAGAUGGCCAGGUAAAACACUAACAUACAUGUCAAUUCAAGUACAUGUUCCUUCUCGAACAUGUGUCUAAGUUUACGGUCAGUUAUUUCAUUUAUUGUUCGAGUUAUUUUCACUCAUAACAGCUACACCUUCAGUCUCCUUAUUUCGUACUUGGCACUCCUGAAGCCACCAAGAUGGCCAGGCUCUAAUUGAUUUUUUCAUAGGAUCCAACCCGUGCGAUGAAAGGGACAAAAUUCGUAUUCUUCACUAAAUAUGCAUGAACUGUCCCGUUUUUGUUUUUUUAUUUUUUACCAGGAAAAACGAGGAUCAUUCAAAAGAAAUUACGAGACUUAACAACGAGAAACUAGAACGAGAUGACAGAAUAAUGGAACAGAGUAAGGAGGUUAGUCUUGAAGCUACUUACCUAGCGAAUCAUUUGCCUAGGAUUACUUCCUAACUCUUAAAUCACCAGGCUUUUAAAUACUGCUAUCUUCAUUUCCAUAAUCAUUGCGCAGAAGCAUUACACAUCGACAUAUCUAUCCUAACAGUAUGUAGGAAGUUUGUCACCAUGGACUGAAUUAAAUGGCCUGGUCUACCACGAGUCUCCUGUAGCUCAGAGGUAGAGCAACCGAAGUAAUAAUCGGAAGGUCGAAUGCUAUUGAGAGCACUCGGAUUUCUUUUUUCCGAGUAUGUUCUUUGCACUAUUUGUUGAUUUUAUCAUUUUACGCGUAGAUCGAGGUACUUAAGGAUGAACUUGAGUUAGCAAAGGAAGCCUCCCAGCGUGCUCCUAGUAAAACCAUGAAACAUUUGGUGGAGAGACUUAGGAACCAGUUGGCAUUGAAGGAAAAACAACAGAAGGUACUUAUGCCGCCCUCAUGAUGCCCAAUUGAAUUCCAUAUCCUUUGCUUUUUCUUCAUUGUCAUAUAUGUGUUCUUUCCGUCCUGUUCCAACUUUUCAUUUUUUAUCUUGGUACAACAAACAAAUCUGGUUCCUGUAUGUAAAGCUUUCACAGAUACACAGGUGUAUAUGUACUUACCCAGAACUCAUCACCGUGGCCGCAAAUAAGUAAAUAUAUCAUCGCUGCGUAAGCACGCGACCUCCCCGCCUUUUCACUCAGUAUACUUGAUACUCUUUUAUUUUACUGCUUGGUUCCCUGUUUAAAUUAUAUUCACAACUACUGUUCGUUCACUUUUCCUUUCGUUCGAGUUUUCUGAUACACCCUCUCUCGUAAGAACAAUGUAUAUAUAAUAUAUUCUUUAUGCUUCCGUGCACUGACAUGUGAUAAUGAUCUUAUUUUAAGUCCUUGAGUCAAGCUCUCCUGCAGCUCAGAGCUGACAUGGUUACGACUGCAGAGGAAAAUGUUCAGGUGAAGUAAUUCCCAUUAAAUGUCUUCUUUCCUGUUUAGCGUAGUUUAUGUUAGGCUCUCGGUCAGAAGAGACGAGCGAAAUAGUGCGCAGUCGACGCUUGACUGAAACUACAGCGUCAGACUGUCCCGCCAUUUUUCGCUUGCUCGCAUUUUUCGCAUGUCACCGCUGACUGAGAGGCUGGCACAGAUUGAAAAGCAAUUGACUAUGGAGUGUGGUAAUUAUCAAGGCCAUGUAAUUCUCGCUAAGUACUCAUAGCCCUUUUCACUUUAACAGCAAUAUAGUAUGCAGUUUUUUUUUUUUUUUACCAUUUUAAUUUAAUUUUCGUUUGGCUUAAGUCCGAAAAAAGGGGGUGUUUCAUUGUUAAACAUUUCAAAUUAAUGAUGCUGAUGUCGAAAAUACAAAAUUCCUCAAGUAAAACUUUAGCUGCCGCCUUGGUCGAUAUGUUUGUCAGUGCAAGUCAUUUGCUCAAACAACAGACUAUUCCACGUCCUUUUACCGGAUACAUAUUUCACUUUUUUCUUUCUUCAGGCUCAUGCUAAAAAGGCUGAGCAACAGGCCAAUGUGCAACAUAUUGUGGAGAAAGAAACUGCUGGUCUUCAGGUAUGCUGUACAGACUGAAUUUCUUUUUUUAUAAAAUAUUAUACGGUGCAUUAAUUUCAUGGAAAAAUACAUCGAUUAAUCGUAAAAUCUUCCUAUGAUGAUUUUAAGGCACGUCUCGAAGAGCUCCAAGAGAGAAUGGAAAAACUCAAGAAAGAGCUAAGGAAACAAAAGGAGAAGGAAUCAAACUUUUUAGGGGAAAGGGACAAACUGAAGCAGGUAUAAACAGAAUUUCAGCGUGUUUCUCUCCCUAAAUAGCUCUUACAGUUGAGGGUCAAUGUCGUCUUUUGUUACUUUUUGUUAUUGUUGGCAAUUAGUUAUGUGGGGAGUGUUUGCCUUGCUCAUUGAUUAACCAACCAACCGAAUGACUGACUGGCUGGCUUAUUUUUUGGCUCUUGGUUAAUGAGAACAUGUAAAGGUCGCGUUUGGAACGUUAAUAGACUAAACAACUUGAAUGGAUUUCCCCAAGCCACUGUCGACCUCACCGCUUUAUGAGAGAACUUUCCCUGAAACGUUAUCAGUGGGGAAAUGAAAACAGUUCAAUUGGUUAAUCUAUAACGCGCUUAAAUUUGAAUUUAUGUGCAACUCAAAAUUACUUUGCCGUAGCCUCUGAGGAAUAUGUCUGGUUUGUAUGCAAAUUAAGAGUCUGUUUUUGUAGUGUACAAAUAUUAAUGUGUCCUAAAUUUGGACAUUUCUGUUUUGACCUUAAAAUAUUGCAGUUAGGUAAGUUAACGGAGUAAUGGGGUCCUCGAGAACCGCACCGUUUGAUAGAUCAUCUGUGCUGAAAUGCGUUAGGCGCUUGUGGUAGGUUUUUUAGACAGCAAAAUGUUUUUCAGGUUUCGCAAACAAUGCUACAGUAGAAUACCGCUAACUUGAACUCGGUUAACUCGAACUCCCCGGUAAAUUGAACAAAAUCCGAUUUCCCUUGACCCAUUUUUUUAGUCAUUUACUAUCAGCUUACUCGAACCCCCGCUAACUCAAACCGGGAAUCGACUCUUUAGAAUUCGAGUUAGCGGGGUUAUACUGCCGUUUUAAACUUGUCACUAUACUAUCACCCGUAAACAACAGUUUUGAUGUAUUGAAUAUUGUAUUUUUAAGUACAUAUUGGAUGCCUAAUCUAAUUGCCCUCAUUUAGGAACUUUCAAAAAAGGACUCUGCGCUGUUAAAGCUUGGGCGUGAACUGAAGGAGUUAGAGACUGUGCAAGAACAGUUGGAGAAAAAAGAGGAAGAAUUGAGAGCUGAGAGGAACACGGUCAGUGGCGACGAUAGCUCUUAAGUAUUUCACCUUGUCAGCAGUAAUAUUACAUUUACAGAUUUUCAUGGGGAAUCGCAAGAGUUGAAAACUUAAGUUUUAUUCUAAAAGUGCGUUUUUCUUUCCGUAGCUUGCUCAGGAACGAGCUGAAUGUGAAAAACUACGAGAGAGAGUGAAAAGCCUUCAAGAGAAAAUAAAGCAGAUCAAACAGAAGAGCUCUGAGGACUCUGAAGGGGGAGCUGGUGACGAUAAACCGAUUGUUGAGGAAGUGAUUAAGGAAGAUAGAGUGAGAACGCAAGGAUUGUUUGUUUGAAGCUUCCUCUAAGUUACACUCCAAAUUAAAACUCCUCCCACUACUAGUAGACUAUUAGCUACUUCGUCAAUAUGCCUCUACUAAAAACUUUUUUAUUUUCAUUUUGAGAUUGUUCUGUAGAGCUGGGAUUAACUUGAGAUAGUGUAAAUUAUAAUACUGUUUCGGGAGUCUUUGAUCAAGUUACCCCGAUGUAUUGCAUGUUGUUUGCUCAGUCUUAUACGGUUUUGUUGCUUAGUGUAAAGCUUCACCCGUUUCGGUUACUGUUCGAUCUCUACCAUCUGGCAGAUAGUGGAGAUCUCAGGCUUGAUUUAAAAUGUCUUGCGUUUGACGUAUAAGCAAAGAGCGUACUAUCCAUGGGUAGAACAUCAAUGCUAGGACCAUUAUUGUUUACUCUAAAUCGGCAUGUGUUUCAGGCGGCAGUGGUCUCUGAAGGAGUUGCGCGAUGGGAGGACAACAAGAAAUGGCAACAAAAAGUAGAAACACUUAAGGGAAAACUGGCGGAGAAAACACGAGAGCUGGAAAAAGCCGAAAAGACCAUCGGUAUGUUACGAGACGCAGUGAGCAGGGCUGAGAAGGACAAGGCAGGACUUCACAGUAGAUUGAAAAGGUAUGUCAUGGUCCGUUGAUAUUUCAUUUCUUCUAAACUGAUAUUGUACGCGCUCAUUACUUAUAUUCAUUGCAGUUCUGCCAAGUCUUCAACAGGUGGACAAGCUCUUGUCACUAACGAAAUUGUUCAGGAUCUUAGACAGAAUAUUUUUAAGCUGGAAGAAGAGGUAUCGUUCUUUUUUACAUAUUGUAAUGACGAUCAAAUACACAGUUAAAUGGUCCUACACGAAUUAAUUUCAUAUUUCCUGAAGUGUAAAUACCAUAAAUGGGCAAAAGUCGUUGUUGAGUAUGAUUUCAUUUCUGUUGUAAAAGGACCUGGAAUCUCGUCACUUUAUUUACCCAUUUGUACGUAUCUAUGAGCGUUCAGCUAAGUUGUGAAAGACGCAGGGCUAAAGCAAGGCAUUGGUGAAAUUUUACUUCUAUUCAUUAUUCGUUAAUGCUCUCACUCACACAUGCACUAACUCGUUCAUUUUCUGUCUUUCAUUCUUUCCUUCCUCUCUUCAUUCAUUCAUUUAGUCAUUCAUUCAAUGAUUAAUUCGUUCAUUUAUUUACUUAGUUCUCUGUUUACCUACUUAUUUAUUUCACAGAAUCAGGAAUUGAGACGUCAGAAAGUUCUGGGUCAUGAGAAACAAAUGGAAGCACUUGAGCUUCGAAACAAACAACUAGUGGAGUAUAUUGAAGAUUUAGAGAGAGACCUUGCUGGCAGAAUGGCUGAGCAGGUAAUUAUAAUUAUUAGAUAAGAUGUAUCAUGAUAAACUUAACUUCCUUUAUUCUAACCCAACGAUGGUGAUUUCAUGUUUCCAUUUAAAAUAUCGUUACAAUUAGGUAAACCAGAAUCUAACAUGAUAACAAAUUAAUUUGCAUUUCAAAAGCAGCAAGGUUUGUAUCAUCCAAGGUCACCCUCAGCCUCACUCCUGUUCAAAGGCUUGGCAACCAAGCACACAACUGUAAAAUGGACUAUUGUAGUUAAGGCCUACAAUAACAAAAAAUGCAGUUAAGGAAAUGAAUGCAGUUUUGUCGUUCUUUGCUUAGUCGCUCUUCUCUUAGAUAUACCCAUGGGUGGGUUGUAGACUCGUGGGCUGCACGAUAUCCAUCACGCCUGCUUAACGUGGCGCUCGUUAGACCUCUUUCCUUUUAAGCUCUUAACAGCCAAUUAACUUUACGCCUUUAUUUUUCCUAACGACAGCGUACAGUGGAUCAUGCUGAUGCUGAUAUGUAUCGUGAAAUGUAUCAGAGAAAUCAGUCUCUUCAAAAACAGCUCUUAGAGGCGAAAGAGGUUAGUUAAGGAUUAUGAUAUCACACACAACAGUUUUAAAAAGGCUUUAGGAGAAAUGUAAAAAUUGCUUUGAUGAUGCACUUUAUUUUGAUGUGACAUAUAAUAUGUACCCGGCCAGAACUCAUAAACACAGUAACAUUCCUUUGCAGGAAAAUAUGGAAUUAAGAUUCGAGUAUGAACAAGCUCGAAAGGAAAACCCUCGACUAAAGGUAUCUAAAUAGAUAUUUCGCUGUAUAAAUGUAUGCUAACAGAGCUGGAAAUUACAGUCGAUCUUUGGAAAUUGCCCGACCAAAUUUUGAAUAUGUCCGGCCAAUUGCACACUGUGAUGGACACGAUCUUCGAAUAUUUCAUCAACACACUUUGACUUCUUCCCUUGAAGUUCUUGUUCAUCCAUCAAAGUUCUUCAAAUAAAUUGUUUGACCUAUAUUUAAAAAGUACUUAAUGAAAGUGUCUUUCAUUUCUUGUCCGAUUUUAGACAUUCAAAUCGUAUUUAUCUACGAUCUUUUUUUGUCAAGGCUCGUGUAGAAGAUUUACAAGAGUAUGUGGAAAUUUUGAAAGCAGAACUUGAAGCAAGCAAAAAGAGGGAGAAAGCUCGCAAGGUAAAAAGUGUAUUCUAACAAAUCAAACGGCUACAGUAGAAGAUAACAGCUUACUACUCCAGCAAUGGUUACAGUGUACUUACCACUAGUUUGAUUUGACAGAAGAGUCUGGGCACUGGUAUGGGUGGUCAGAGCGUAGAGGAUCUGGAGAGAGUAAUAGCAGCCAUGAGACGAGUUGUGGAGAGACUUCAGGGAGAGAAUGAUCAGUUAAAGAAGACUGUUGGAGCAGGAGGCCCUCAGUAUGGUGAAGUGUUAAAGGAAAAUAAACGGCUCAAGGUAAACCGCCUGUUUCAGUUUUUAGGUAGUUACAACGAUAACAGGAAGGCAGUGAAUGGUGCCAAAAAAAACCCUUUUUUGUCAAAUUUUUUGUCUGUUAUGAUUGUUGUUGUUUGGUUUUUAUUGUUUUUGGUGCUGCUCUGCAAGGUACAAAGGGGUCAUACAUAGGAUCGUCCUUGUUUAUUUGAUGGCUAAAAAGGAAAUGGAAUGGAACAACUCUGUAAGCGGAGGUAGUUAGCUUUUUCUCCAACCAGUAUCGAAAUUUUUAGGAGCCUUUCUUUUUGGUCACUGUAUUCCCCUUUUGUUGUUUUGGCCUUCCCAUUAAGGACCCACCUAUUGGGGGAAGGUAAAUCCACUUUGUCGUUGGUAUUUCUCUCUUUCCACUCCCCAAUCUCAACUUCACGCAUGGUGUAUAGACGCUCGAGCACCUUCUCAAGAGUAUGGAUAUGUUUACACCCCAUUAAUUGUCCACUUUUCUUGCUCUACAUCUUAACUUAAAUGCAUUUUUCUGUCUGCUAUACCAGCAUGAGUUGGAGAAGGCAAAAGUUAGCGAGAAGACCCAGUCCUCAAGUGGAGGUAGUAGUCAGGGAAAUACAGCUAGACUGAUGACUGAGAACGAGAAACUACUUAAAGAUUUAAAAAAGGUACAUUGAAACUUGGUCAUUGAGUUUGCAGAACAGUUCUCGCGAAUGUCUAGUCCUUUGUUUGAUUUGCUGUCCUUUUCCUCACAGGAAAUGGAGGAGGUAGAAAAGUUAAAAACAGCAAACGCUAAUCUGGAACAGAGAAAAGAAGAGCUUGUGAAAGAAUUAGAACAGGUAACAAAACUUUGGGCUUGAUUUAUUGUGUGUUUGGGAAAUUUCAAUCCACUAAGAAGCGCAUAGAAUCACCUUGUUGCUACACUCAGGACAAUAUCGAUAAAGACUAGUUUCCUUUUCUCGCAACACGUAUCUCUGUUUUUCCUUACCAUUUGCCAUUGCUGUGAAAUGAAAAUCUAUUUUGGAAUACGUUCUGUAUCAUUAGUUACAUCAAAGACUUUCCGCCUCAAACAUGGAUGGACUUGAUAGUAAAGAAUGGAAAUCAGUCGUUUUACCAAAGAUAUACGAAGAGAAGAUGCAAAAACUAGAGGCAGAACUGGAGAAAAAGGUAAGCCUGUCCUCAAAUGUGCCUGAGGUAUUGAUAUACAGCUAUAUUUUGAACAUCUUUGUCCUGAGAUCCGAUCAGCAAUUCGCCAAUCUACCUGCUACAUUUUUCCUUUUAAAUCAGUCGAGAGACGUUUUUAUUAUAUCCAGUGAUCCAAAAAACGCUCUCAAUCCCAAGUUUGUCUAUUCUCAUCCCCUUUUCGGUGGAUAAUGGAGUGGCCCUAUCUGUGAAUGUUGGUCCCCCUGUGGGUAUCAUUUUGCCCUCCACCUCCCCACCCAUCUCUUGCCUGAAUAGCACUGAUAAGGUGAGUGGAGAGAAAGGCAGAGAGGAAGGGAAAUGACAAGGUUUUUCAGAACACUUGACCAUGUUUAUUUUCCUCAGACAAAUCUGUUGAAAGAUAUCAAGACGUACUUGAAAGCAGCUGCAAACAGAGAAACUGAGUUAAUGAAGAAACAGCAAGAACUUGAGGAAAAGGUUUGUUAUUAAUUUUGUGUCGAUAGAACACUCAUUAAAAGAGACUCGGAUGUGUAGGUUGGUGCGGACCCCCAGUGGUUCACUUUUGGAGCACCAAAAUGACUAGAGGCAGAUGUUACGAAAGCGGACAGUAUGUAUGUAGGGGUUUUGUUUUCACUAGUGUUCGCUCAUUAUGCCCGUUUCUCGAUAUAAAUGUAGGUGCUAUUUAACAUAAGUAAUAGCCGUGAUGCUAUGUACCAUAAUUUAAACAACUGAUCCUGACUCUGCUAAUUUUACCUGUGUUUGGUUUUCAUUUUAUUGGGAACAUUAAUUCCUUUUUUUUUCUUUUUGUAGGUUACAAUUUUGGAGCGGUUUCCCGCAAAUAUUAAAGGUGACAGUGAUCUGGUCAAAGAACUUCAACAGACAAGGUAACGUUACGUUUUAUCUUUCUGGAAACCGUUUAAAAAAAAUUGGAAUGAUUGCAGCUCAGACUACGCAUUGGUGGAGUUUGUUUUGCAGAAAUCGUACCUAGCAUUUUGUAGACGGGUAACUAGCCUCUGUUACCAUGCUAUACCACGCGUGAAGCCUUAGGCUGCCUAUUUAUUGUUGUUCUUAUCGUUUUCUCUCUCGUCGUCUUGGUCGUUAUUGUCAUUGUGACUGCUUGUUCUGAAAAUUAUCCUGUAAAAAUUUAAUUUUACUUGUUAGAUCGUUUAUUUAGUCGUUGUUGUCUAGGUUGCGGUUGGCAUCUCUCGAGUCAGAGAAAGAAGAAAUUUUACACGAGGUACGGCAACUCAGAAAGAUGGGACAGGCAGGUGAUCUACCACGUGACCUGGUAAGUUGUGUCUUCUUGGUAGUUUAAGAAACUUUACUAUUAGAUUUUCCAUGUAGAAGGAUUUUCUUUCGGGUUGUCGAUCGUUGGAAGCAACUUACCGAAAGUAACUAUGACUUCAGUUAUUGAAAGAACGUUUUAACUAAGAAUGGUAUAAAUCCAUGCGGGUGACUGACACCAGCACAGCCUGUUCGCUUUAAAAAGGACUUAGUUGCUCUGAGCGUUGAUUUUGAAGGUCAGUAAGCAGUCUAAAAGAUGGUUACUUUACACGACUGGUGUACUGUUUCUUAAAACGUGGCAUUCUUCUCUUGACGUUCCAGGAUAAUGAAGAAGUUCUAGAGAAAUUACGAAACUACGACAGAAUGAUGGCCGAGGACGUGGAACUGAGGUAACUAUGUGAGAUUUUUCUUCGACACAUUUUCCUAAGUGUCAAAUUAAGGAUAUACAACUUAACAAAUCUUUUUGCUACUGUAGCAGUUUUCGUAUCAAAUAUAUUAACAGUGAUAACUUCCUGAUUUUCUUUGUAGAACGAGAUUGAAAACUGUAGAGUUGGAGCGCGAUCGAACGUCGCAUGAAGUCUCCAAGGUUUGUCUGAGGCAGUUAAUUUGUAUCUACUCAACCUACACGAGAUAGAUAGGACGAGGCAUUUACCCUGUGCCAUAGUAUAUUGAGUCUUGUCACCUUGAAAGGUUGGGUUCUCAAUUGUCGGAGCUUUGAAAAUCAGAUUUGUGCCAUCGUCGUUUAGGAAAAAUGUGGUGUGUCGAACCAUUAAUCGAUUGGACUUUGAAGUUUUCAACUUCCAGCGCUAUUUUAAUUUCAUGGCGAAAAGCUAGUGCGCGCCUAUGCAUUCUAAAUUGAAUAGAACGUCAAAAUGCAGUUCUCCUUAACCGCCUAAUUAGCACAUUUCCGAAUACACAUUAUUCUUGUUCCGAAAUGGAUUCUUUUUUCUCAUUCUUUCAUACCAAAGUUACAUUCAUUCACAUCCAAAAUGAUCUCGUCUCGACGAAUUGUUUUACCCCAGCCUUGCUUUGAUAGAGAGGUUUCAAGGUAACUCGCAGGUGGAAUAUUCGAGACAUCCAUGAUUAUUUUCUUUGUUCCCGAUUUCCCCAAAGUUGGAGUUUUAAUUAAAGGUCUGGGUCAUAGUUAUUUGUAAGGCGCAACGGGAGAAUCAUGUAUUUUGAUACAAAUAUGUAUAAGUGGUUAACUAUAUCACUUUUUUCAGCUACGAAAAGAACUCGAGGCCUUUGAUCCCGCUUUUUUCGAAGAGAUCGAAGACUUGAAGUACAAUUACCAAAAGGCUGUUGAAAGGAACGUGCUGUAUGAGCGACAGUUAAGGCAGAUGUCUCGACAGUUUGGAGUUGAUGUGAACAUUCCUACGGAGGAUUAAACUUUUGUGAGCCAGAUUCUCCAAGGAAAGCAGCGAAAGUUCUACAGCCAAAAAUACGUCGGCAAAUUUCUUAGUGAACUUCAGUGUCCCAACAACACUUUCCUAACGAGGGAACUUGCCAAAGACGCGCCCAUUUUGCAAAGGCCCUCAGCUGAGAUUUUCGUAGGCAUAGAAAUAUGCGCCCAAAAGUGCCGCCGCAGUUUUUAAUUGAGAAGUCUUGUGAAGAAAAGAAUUGCUUUCCCAGAAAAGAUUUUGAGAAAAGUGUGUUAAAAAUGCCAUCGAGACGCUGAAUUUUAUAGACUUACUGAUGCCGUGUCAGUCAAAGGAAUUCAUUGGAACGGACGUGUUCACGAUUGAAACGUAAGCUGUGGAAACACCUCUUCUUAGCAGAAUUAAUAUUGUUCAGAAAUUUUUUGAGGAAUGAAAUCGAAAAAAAGGGAUAUACGAACGUAUUUCAAGCGGUUUAGAAUAUUUAUAACUAAUUUAUUUUUAAAGAUCAUAUUUUUAUUGUAUAAAAGUCUGGAAUUGUGAUAAUUUUUUUUACAAGAAUAGUAAUUGAACAUUUGUUGAGUUCUUAGUCCCCUUAGCUUUGUCUUUAUUAUUUCCUUUUCGUGCCUUGCCGUCUUUCACUUGAGUUCCCUGUAACUUUCGUCUUCUUCGGACAUCUCAUUUCCCUUUGUUUUAAUUGUGAAUCAUCAUGUAUUCACUUUCCCUUUCCUUCGUCUUAGACACCUCAGUUUUGUUUUUGUGGAGCGUUUUCCGUCAUGUUCCCCAUUACCUAUCGGCUUCCUUUACUUGUCUCGAGUGAGAAGGAAGCGCAGAUGGGAUCGCAGUUUCAGGGAUUCGUUUCUUUUUCUGAGAUUUUUUUCUGAUC